GACGUUUACUCCCACUCCCUGCUGUCUGUAUCCCACUUUCUUCCUAGCUAAUUCUGGGGGAGAGCGGGUCUGUCAUUAGCCGUACUCCACCCAGGAGCGCCGGGUCUGUUUUCUUUUUUAAGGGCCUGUUACAGCAUUCGGGUUCUUCAGGAAGUGCUGUCUGAAAAUCCUGCUUUAAAAGUAAAGCAUCCAUUUUAUCGGAAAUAAAGCAGAACCAAGUGGGUGGGACUGAAUUGAGCAAGUCCUCACCUGUGUGCUUGCACACGGGGCAUUGUGUACAUUUGUUAGAGGUGUUCCAUUACAUCGCGCCAUGAGGUGUCACACCUUUUCGAGCCAGGCCCCACCUCUUUUAAGAAUUUGCAUUGUGUGGAAUCCGCUUUCACUCUGCACACGCAGUACCAGGUUCACCGUCUUAGUUUUUGUUUAUAUUCUACCCAGAAUUUUAUAUAAUAAGGACUUAUACCAAGUGGCUAGUUGGACGAAUUAGCGGGAGAUGGCGUGAGACCAGCUUCUUGUUUGUUUGUUUGCGACCUAAAAGGAUUACGUGCUAUGAAUAGGUCUCUGAGUUUGAGAUUAUCCAGACGGUUGGAGAAUCAUGUGUACAGCUACCAGCCAGAGACCGGCACGCUCCCUGCGAAGAUGAAGAAGGGGAAGACGAAGAAGAAGCUGGAGCCCAGGAAGGCCCUCAGCCUGGAGGAAGCCCAGCUGGAGCUCCAGCACCAGAGCAAGAGCUUGAGCAGGCCGGCCCUGCCCAGGUCUCUGACCGUUGGAGGAGAAAGGCCUUUGGAGAGGAAUGACAGCAUCAACUCAAACAGUAGCUUUGUCAAGCACAACAAAACGUUCCACAAACUCUUUCCCGAUAUCCCUGAGAGCGAAGACUUGCUACAUGCCUACAUCUGCGCCCUGCAGAGAGAGGUGCCUUACCACGGUCGUCUCUACAUCACGGACAGUAACGUGUGCUUUCACUCCUCUGUGCUCCUCAAGGCCACCAAGGUGGUGAUACCUGUAUCCGCUAUCCAUGUUGUGAAGAAGCAGAACACAGCUCUGCUGGUGCCAAACGCCCUGUCCAUACGCACCAGCAUGGGAGAGAAGUAUUUGUUUGUGUCCUUGCGGAACCGCGAGGGCUGCUACAAGCUGCUGCGGUCAGUCUGCCCCCAGCUAGAGGACGGCAGCACCAACAGCAGUCCACUCUUCUCUUCCCCCGAGAACAGCUUUGAUCACAGCAAACUGGCGAACUCCAGCCAGUCCAGUUUAACCGAUGCCUAUGAAGAGCUGGAUGGUGCAGAUUCAGGCCUCGUGCUACAGCCCCCUCCUACUCGACUUAACAGAGGUACAGUAUCAAAUGGAAGUCCUUCCACCUUGAGAGUUCCUCACAGAGAAGAAGAUGAGAGUUCCACUGAGGAGUACUCAGGGACGUCAUGGGUGUGGAGUGUGACUGACAGGGCCAGAUCAGUGCUCAUUCAGAGAGAAGCCACCAACCUCAACACACUCCUGCUUAUCUACUUAAUGCUGGUGGUGCUGCUACUCUUGUCCUCUGGUUACAUCGGCCUGCGUAUCGUGGCUCUAGAGGAGCAGCUGACCUCUCUAGGAGCUCUGCCUGAAUUCACUCUACAUAGCGGGUACAAGGACACGUAACCGAGCAGAUUAAAGGAGAGAUGUGUUGUCUGAUGACCUCGAGGAGGAAAGGUGAUUCCUGCCGAUGUACCAAAAAAAUCAACUCUGAAGUCCGCAUUUCAACAUUUACGAAAUCCCACUAGACCCCAAAGUGCUGUGAAAGGCAGACCUGUUUAUUUGUGGACCCUCAUCGUCGUCGAAUUCCAAGGAGAAAACCGCAGAUAACCAAAGGGCUCCAGUGAAAAUUGGACCUCAGCGAGUCACCUGAGGCUGUUGCUGCUGUGCUUUUCCCACAGCUGAACGGGGAAAAGUGGAGGACAGAGCCGAGCAGUUUCCUUAAAACGAAGCUGUUCAUCACUGUAUUCUAUUCUUGGAGUUUUGUCUUUGCAGACAUGAUGGAGAUUAUUUAUUGGUUCCACUCAAGUUCUACACUUUGCUUUACACGUUUAGAUUCUUCUGCCCCGUCGCCACGACCGUUUGAUUCUUUUUCCGCCUUCCGUCUUGAUUUCCUUAACUGAUCUGAAUCUUUCAGGUAGUAAAACCAUCCGAAAAGCGACACAAUCACUUAAGCUCCUUUUGCGAAGAUGAUUUUUCUCUCUUUUUUUCAAACCAAAGGGUUGCAGUAUUAUACCUUGCUUUGACAUGAUUAAAAAAAAUCUUUUUUUAAGGAUCAUUGCUUGUUGGCAGCCCUUUAGUCUUUUUUGUAUUACUGGAUGCAUCUAUGCACAAAAAAAUUACGAUCAGGUUUUUGAGAAAAGUUUUAUAGUCUUGUUUUUGUUCUAUGUGUCUUUUAUACUUUGGUCUACUUGGGUCAAAGUAGUUUGACAUGAUGCCUAAUCAAAUGAACUGUUUAAA